ACACCCCUUCCUUUCCUGGUUCUUUUGCCCUAAACCCUUGCCAUCUCCAAGGCUUGAAAAAGAGACACUUUUGAUUCAAACCCUACUUCUCCUGCUUCAUUGCUUCCUCUCAUGGAGGUAGACGACGACCCUAAACCUCCCACUUCCGCGCCGGCCUCCACUCCGACGCCAUUGCCCCAACCUCCUCCUCCUCCCACCAUCGCCGUUCUCCUAGCUCGCCCCGCCGCGGCGCCCCGCCCCGACUCGGACUCCGAUCGAGAGGGCUCGGCGCCUCCUCCGCCCUCUGGCGCGGAGUAUGAGGUAUCAGAGGAGAGCCGGCUAGCCCGUGAGCGCCAGGAGAAGGCUGUCCAAGAGCUCCUGAUGAAGCGCCGGGCUUACGCCAUGGCUGUACCUACCAACGAUUCAGCCGUUCGCGCCCGCCUCCGUCGCCUUGGCGAGCCUGUAACACUCUUCGGCGAGCGCGAGAUGGAGCGCCGUGACCGCCUUCGCUCCAUUAUGGUUCGGCUUGAAGCCGAGGGCCAGCUUGAUCGUCUGCUUCGUGCCCAUGAUGAUGAGCAGGCGGCGGCUGCGGCUGCUGCCUCUGUUGAAGAUGAUGAGAACGUGCCGCAGGAGUACCCGUUCUUUACUGAGGGAUCGAAGGAGCUCAUGGAGGCUAGGGUUUUGAUUGCAAAGUAUUCAACUGCAAGAGCGGCGGCUAGGUUAGAUAGGGCUAGGAGGAGGAGGGAUGAUCCUGAUGAGGACGUGGGAGCUGAGAGAGAGUAUGUUUUGAAGCAAGCCAAGGAGUUUGUUCUUGAGUGUAGUGAGAUUGGUGAUGGUCGGCCACUUUCUGGUUGUUCCUUCUCUCAUGAUGGGUCAAUGCUUGCCACCAGUGCUUGGAGUGGAGUGGCAAAAAUUUGGAACAUGCCUCGUGUAUCACAACAUGCCAUCUUGAAGGGUCACACAGAGCGUGCCACUGAUGUGGCAUUUUCCCCUGUGGAAAAUUGUGUAGCAACUGCAUCAGCUGAUAGGACUGCAAAACUUUGGAAUGAUAGUGGAUCCCUUUUGACAACUUUCAAUGGCCAUCUAGAUCGUCUUGCACGUAUUGCUUUUCAUCCAUCUGGAAAGUACCUGGGAACUGCUAGUUUUGACAAGACUUGGAGACUCUGGGACAUUAACACUAGCACUGAAUUGCUACUCCAGGAAGGCCAUAGCAGAAGUGUGUAUGGGAUCAAUUUCCACCCUGAUGGAUCUUUAGCUGCAUCAUGCGGCCUUGAUUCUCUGGCUCGUGUUUGGGAUCUCCGAACUGGAAGAAGCAUUCUUGCCUUUGAAGGUCACGUUAAGCCAGUUCUCAGUGUCAGCUUUUCUCCUGAUGGCUAUCAUUUAGCCACUGGUAGUGAAGAUAACACAUGCCGAAUUUGGAACUUGAGAAAGAGAAAGUGUGAAUUUGUUAUACCAGCACAUUCUCAUCUUAUUUCACAAGUGAAGUUUGAACCACAGGAAGGCUAUUUCCUCGCUAGUGCUUCAUUCGAUACUAAAGCAAUGAUCUGGUCUUCUUGUGAUGUGAAUCCUAUCAAAACUUUGGCUGGCCAUGAAGCAAAAGUUACAGGCCUGGACAUUUCACCAGAUGGACAGUCAAUAGUAACUGUGGCGUAUGAUCACACCAUCAAGCUCUGGUCCUGUAAAGCUACCAACGGAAAAGAAAAGGCCAUGGACGUUGACUAAUCAUAACACAAGUCAAAAACACCAAUCUCCACAACUUUCAUCAAACUUGUACAAUUUUUAGCAUUCUCUCAUUACUAGUUUUGUACUUUUUAGUUUACUUUCAAGAAAUGCAGGCAACCUCUUCAUCUUAUUUA